GUUUUUGUUUUCAAAGUGUUGAUUUCGAAGUAAAUGGUGAAAUGUGCGCUUGGAAACCGUAUUUUUGUUUUAAAUGUGAUUUUUUUGGAAUACAAUAAAAUAUUUAAAAACGAUGAUAAGCGGAAAUUGUGUUUAAAAAAAAAGAAAAUUCAAAUGUAUUCUAAGAACGACGAAAAAUUUUAUUUUAUAAACUCGAAACUUUAAGUAUAACUAAUUUCAAUUUUAUCUAGGGAAUUUUUUCCGUUCGAAAUGAAUCACUCGUUGUGAGACAAUUUUCUUAUUAAAAACAAAGAUAGGUACAUUGAAAAUAUUCAACUUAGCAAGUAUUUAGAGAAUUGUUGAUCAUUGCUGACUGAGAGUGGGGGUGAGGCUGAUGUGAUCAAUGACAAAGUUUUAAGAAAGUAAAAAAGUUGAUUUGCAAAAUGAUUUCUGCAUCUAACCAACGUCAAUCUGAAGCACCACCGAAUCCUCAACAUCAACAACAACAACGAAAUUAUUUUUCACGACAGUCCCAAGGCUCGGAAGCAGGAUCGCAAUCAGGAUUAGGGAAAAGCAAUUUAAAGGAAUUUAUCAGAAGAGUUCGUACUUUGCAAAUGACUGCCAGUGGCGCUGUUUCUCAUAGAGGAGUUGCAGGGAUGAAUUGCAUCAGUUUUGGUGGGUCGUCAUAUAUAACUUAUUCUGAUUUGGACAAAUAUUCAGCUUCCUUGCCACUAGAUGGUCCAACAAAUGUGACCCAUUCUAUAGCAACAACAUUAACCCCAUCGCCAGUACAGAUCUCGACGGCAGUGGGAGGUUUUCAAAACGAAGUUGAAGUUGGAAUUGAUCCAACGCUUUUCAUGGAAAAAACCGUUGAGGAUAAAAUGGAUGUAGGACCUUCAUCUUCACCACAUGAUGGACACAUUUCUCACAAUGAAAGAAUUAUUCAGCAACAACAACAAAAACGAGAUGAACAACAAAAUCAAAACAAUCAACAACUUACAAAUAUUCGGGUAACAGUUGGAAUUGACAAGGACUUGGAAAUGAUUUUGGAAAUGGAUCCGAGUAUUGUGGAUUUGGGUGAUGUACCAGUUAUAGAAGAACCGCGAAUUAUUGGUUUGCCACCAUUAACAGGAGGGCCAACAUUCAAAACUGCAACACCAACCUCACGUACGCAACUUAAGCUCCAACUUCAACGUGAACAACAACAACAAGAACUAGAACGUCGUGAGGCUGAAAAACGCAACAUAACACUUCAGCAGGGAACAUCAUCUGCAGCAUCAUCUGAAAUAGCUAUGUGCACGGAUACGUCACAAAUGCAAACAUCCCCAACAAUACGUCAACAUUCUGCACAGCAUCAUCAGCAAUCAACUUAUUUGCAAUCAAUGCUGCAAACAACAUACCACGAUAGCUUAUCGCAAAUGCAACACAAUCAAUUGGGUCGUGAUAUUAAUAACACUUCGACGCCAGCACUUAAAGUUCCACUUCAGAGUAUUGGAGUGGAUGUACCGCCACAAGUUUUGCAAGUCCGAACGGUAUUGGAAAAUCCAACACGAUAUCAUGUUAUACAAAAACAAAAAAGUCAGGUUCGCCAAUUUCUUAGCGAGUCGUUUAAACAAUCUGGGGAAUGGGACGAGCAGAUAUUUCGUCAGAAUGGAAAAAAUGCCUUGGAUUCUCCGACACCGAACAGAAAUCCUCGUUCUGGUGGGAUUUCGACGUUUUACAACGAACAAAGUCGUCAGGAUAAUAAUUGUUCACCGAUGACUACAACAACAAUUCGCGAUGACAAUGCCAUGCAACCGUCGCCAUUUAGCGUAGGAAAUUUUUCAGCAGCUUCAAUUGGCGAUGCUAAUUCUAUCAGCAAUAAGAAUUUUAGUGGUGCUAGUAGUGGAUUUAAUAAUUCCAGUAAUAUAUUGGCCUUGAGCAAUAAUAGUGGAAAUUUAAGUUCGUCAAAAUUAUUGGCCAUUCACUGUAAAUCGGUUUGCAGUAGUGGUGCUGAUACAAAUAAUCGCGGUGUAAAUAAUUUCAGUCGUGGCGGCGUGGGCGGUGCAAGCGGUAAUUUUUCAUGUAAUAUGACAAAUGCGAGUCCGGGAGCAACGGCUGGCGGAAUGUCACCUAGUUUGAGUUCAGUGGCCACCAGUAAUUCAGAGGCGGAUGAUAUAUUCUUGGACGAUAUAUUACAAUACGACUCGAGUGCCUUACAUGAUUCAUUUAAAUUCGAUAGCAAUUAUUCGUCUGAUUUAUCAAUUAAGCAAGAACCACAAUCGUUGACAGAUGCCGAGAUGCAUGCGCUGGCUAAAGAUCGACAAAAGAAAGAUAACCACAACAUGAUCGAACGUCGGCGACGUUUUAAUAUAAAUGAUCGAAUAAAAGAACUUGGAACCCUCUUGCCAAAAACCAAUGAUCCAUAUUAUGAAGUUGUUCGUGAUAUACGACCAAAUAAGGGCACAAUACUAAAAUCAUCAGUUGAUUAUAUUAAAUGUUUGAAACAUGAAGUCAACCGCUUAAAACAAAACGAAUAUCGUCAAAGACAAAUGGAGGUUCAAAAUCGACGUCUAAUUAACAGAAUUAAGGAACUUGAAUUACAAGCAAAAUCACAUGGUCUACCUCUGUCGGAAUUCAAUUUUGCAUCAAUUUCAGCACCAACACCUACAUCGUAUCUUAAAUGCUCAAGUCCAACAUCGCAUAGUCACAACGCGACACCAUUAAUAGCAGAUAUCGUAGAAAAGAUCCCAGACGUUGUGUCCGAGAGAAAUCUUAGCAUGAGUCAGAUGGAAGAACUCAUGGAAGACAAGCAUCCUGUUCAAGGAAGUGAUCCCAUGCUAUCGCAUCAUCUGCUUUCAUCACCUCACUCUCCAACAUUGCAACGUUCGAUGUCGAAUGGAAGCAGUGUCUAUGCAAAUGGCAGCAGCUGCUUAAGUGACAGCAGUACAUGUCUCAGCAGUACACACAACAGUAUGCUCCGAAGUGAUGAUUUAUAUCAUCCAAAUAGUCGGUGUCAUCAUGAUCAGCAACACAAUAACAAUAAUAUAAACAAUAACAAUAACAACAAUGAAAAUCAGCAUUAUAGUCAAAAUAACAAUAGCAACGGUUGUGUUUCGGAUUGUCCUGGUAGUGAUAUAUCACCACAUUCUCAUCAUCGCCAUCACAACCACUCCUCUCCUUCAUCUAUACAACAUCACGGUUGCGAUCCUUUACUCUCGUCCUCUCAUCAGCAAUCAGUUGAUCUCAGUUGUAUCGGUGAUUCGAUAUUAUCAUCAACACAUAAUUUAUUAUCACCCACGCAUCGAUCAACUAUGGAUUCUAUUUUAUCCUCACCAGAUACGGAUUCUUUGGUAAGUGACAUUGAUAUGGUCGCAUGAUAGUCACUAUAAAAGUGGUAAGAAGGACAAACAGACAACAACGAGCAAAAUAGGAAAAAACAUACAAUCCAACAAAAAUAAUGGUUUAAAGAAGAUGGCUCAAUUAAGUUUAAUAAUUACAAAGCUGGCUUAUUGUUAAACUUGACAUUAUAAGAGAUGUUUAUAUAUUCUAAUCGAUAAACCAAAACUGUGAAUAAAAAAUAAUUAAAAACAGAAAUAUAAAUAAUCAAAACGUAAAAGAAAAACAUUCCAUGCAAGAGUAUACCAGAAAUAUAACACUUGUUUAAAAUAAAUGAGAAAAUAAAUAUUAUUCAAACAUUUUAAAGGCCACAUUAGUGACAAACCUCUAGACUGUUCUUCAAAAAAAAAAUUAAAAUUAAAGUCCGAAAGUGUCCCAAUGAACAUUAUGUUCCUGAAAUCAUAUUUAAUGUCAAUCUAAUUCCUCCAAUUGUAAUAGGUAUUUAACUUUCACUUUGGAUUCACUUUUGUCGAUUAUUAUGUUACGAAAUAACAACAUACUUCAUUCUUAUGUUGGGAAUAGGAAAACAAAAAUGUCUUCCAAAGUAACUCUUUCAUAUAGGUAUUCCAUUGGAGAUCCAAAAUAUAAACCGAAAGAUAAACUUUCCUUAAUACUUGUUAAAACUUUAUUUUUGACAAUAAAUAUAGAAAGUGUGGUAUUGUAUAAAAUAAAUUACAUUUAGAGGAUGAACGACAUUCAGUAAGAAUUUUGUAUUUAAAUCAUUUCACGAACUUAUGUUUGUGUACAUAGUUUUCAAAAAAAUUUCUUAACCGUUUUUUGUAGAAAUAAUGCAUUAAUUUUCUAACUAAGACUACCUACAAAUUUUGGAAUUAAUAGUCAGCUUUCAAAAAAAAAAAUUAGAUCUUGCCAUAGUUGAAAGACAUAAGACUCAUAUUUGUAAGCGAAGCAACUCAAUACAUAAUACUGACCAUCUUUGAUUAAUUACUAAAUAUGAACACUUUCCCUGUUUCAUGAUAAUCUUUAAAAAAUAAGACACAAUGGUGUCUGUAAUGUUGAAGACAUGUAUUAUUCUGACUUUUUUGUAUAACGUGCCGCCUUUACCCCUGUUUUUAUUGAAAAAAAGUGCGUAUGGAUUGGUAAAUCCGUGAAGUGCUUCAAAAUGCAUUGAAACACCAACGAAUAUAACAUUUGAUAUGCAUUCAAACUACAGAACUUGAGUCUGACGUAUUCAUGUAUUCAUAUUUUUUCUACACUGGCGCGGUUUAGAUUCGUUUCCAUUUCUGGUAUCAAGAGAAUUUUUUUAGAAACAAGUGCUUUGGGCGACAAAUAACAAUACCGAUUCUUCAAAUCCAAAAAAAAAAGAAAAGAGCAAUGAUGAAGAGAAUGUUAAAUAAAUUAUUUUAAUUUUAUAGAAACAUUUUAACGCUUUAGUAAUCAAUUACCACAUUUGUUACUAAAAUAUUUGUUUGUAUUAAUACAUCAAUGCAUGCAAAGUCAUUUAUAAAUAUGUCAAAUUUUUAACUUUGAGUAUUACUUUUGACUUAUAAUUUGAGCAAACAUCUGUAUGUGAUUCUUAUCCGUAAUCAAUUAAUUAUAAAAAUCAGAAAUAAAUAUUUGUAUUGCCCUUUAUUAUAAUUAAUAAAUAUGUUAACCCAGUAUUAGUCUCAAAAAAGAUGUGUAAUAUUUUUUUACACACUUUACCAUUAAACACAGAAUUUGUAUUAAAACGGCUUAAGUUCCUAUAUUGUAUGUUUUUUUUUUUUUUGAUAUAAAUUGUGUUGAUUUGGAAAAAGUUAUGUAGGUAUUUAAAUGUAAAUUUAUUUAUUUUACAAGUGUUGAGAAGUUUGAAGUUUGCUCAUAUAAUACUUAUCUACCUACUUAAUUUAAGUGUUGACAGUUAUGAAUGGUGAUAAAAUUAUUCUUUUUUUUUCAACUCUAAUUUGUUUUUUUUUUUUUUUAAUGCAAAACUAUAACUAUAUGUAUGCAUGUUAAUACUUAGUUUCUCCUUCGAGAUUUGUUCUUACAGGCUAGUGUCAUCUAAUUCAACAUUCAGACCUAUCACGAAUUUCAUCGUAAUCGGAAACUUUUACGAAUUCUGAAAAACCGUAAUGCAAGCAAGUUUGUAUACGAUUUUCAACUAGGAACGUAUUUGAAAAUAUUUUUUUUUUGGGAUUCCGAUUACGUUUGAAUUCUUGAUAGAGCUGAUUAACUACAUUUCUACUCCUGAGGCUCAAGCUUCUAAGGUUAACAUUCAGUUCAAACUCUGUAAAAUUUAACUCGUCAUAUUUGGCAGAUUAACUAGCUUAGAAAUGCCUGUCCUAACCACCUACCUGCGACAAUUUAUUAUGCUCGAAAUUGUAAAAAAAAAUUAUAACAUCUUCUUUGUCUGCAUUUUCUUGUUAUUUCCAUGUUGAUGUUACUUAAUGUUAAAUGAUGAAAGGUGCUUUCGUUGACUUUAAACUUGUAGAAAUUUUCUCAAAAAAAAGUGUAAAAUAUCGAUCAAAGAUCGUACAAAAUAAAACACACUUGCACAAAUAAACAUUAAACAACAAUUAAAAUCAUAUAAAUUAAUAUAUUUCUGUAUGAUUCAGUCAUCGACAAAAUUCCAUAGGCCAAUGUACAUAUUUUUUUAUAAACUAUGAUUAUUUAAAAAAAAAAUUAAGUAAGUUAGUUUCAAACUGUAAACUGUAUAAAGCGCAAAAAUACACAAAGCAAAAAUACAUUAUAACUUUUAAGUUAAUUUUAAAUUGAUUGAAUAGUUAAACAUAAAACAGUAACAAUAAACUCAACAGUAUUUUUCAUUUAAAGAUAAAGAUGCGCGGUUAAAUUAUUAGUAAUAGUUAAAAUCAAUCAAAAAUUAUUAAAUAAAAUAAUAAUUUUAAACAAACAAGAAAAUGAAACAACAAAUAUAAAAAUGAAACCAAAAUGUUAUGUGUUAUAUAAUAGUUAUUUUAUUUUUAAAAAUGAAAUAUAUAAAUACAUAUAUGGUUGAUUAAUUUGUAAGAACGCGAAGAUUCAUGUACCUAUGUAUGUCUAUAUAAAAAAUCGAUUUACGCAAAUGUAUUUAAAAAUUAUUUCACGAAGAAAACAAUUCAAAAAAUUGUAUAGGUUAAUUUUCUUUUCGAGGUUUUUAAAAUCCAAGAAAAACUUUUUAUUUUUGUUAUAAAUCAAUUUAAUUCUUCUAAAUAUUGUUACCUUUAAUAAAAACUUUACUUUGUUGCAAGAAAAGCAAAAAGACCAUA